UCCUAGCCAGGGCUUAAUCUAGCUAGUGCUGCCUUUCUUUAUUAUUUCAUAUCUCUCUCUCUCUCUGAUUUUUUCAUCUAUUUAAACUUAUUCCCCAAUUCUUAUCUAUCAUUGGCUGCACUAACACUGCUUUUAGAGCAUAAUACUGCUUUUAGAGAGAGAUGGGACAUCACUCGUGCUGUGACAAGAAGAAGGUGAAUAGAGGACUAUGGUCACCGGAGGAAGAUGAGAAACUCAUCAACUACAUUUCAAACUAUGGCCAUGGUUGCUGGAGCUCUGUCCCAAAUUUUGCUGGCCUGCAGAGAUGUGGAAAGAGCUGUAGACUAAGAUGGAUAAAUUAUCUCAGACCUGACUUAAAACGUGGGCGCUUCUCUUCAGAAGAAGCGGCCCUCAUCAUUGAACUUCAGGGCAUUCUAGGAAACAAGUGGGCUCAGAUAGCCAAGCAACUACCAGGAAGAACAGAUAAUGAGGUCAAGAAUUUUUGGAAUACAAGCAUAAGGAAGAAGCUAAUUUCUUAUGAUGGUCCUGCAAUAGCCACCUUUCCUGAUGUGCACUUUAAUGGUAACUCUGAGGAAGGUCUUUUCUCUCUAAAUGCAAACCCUAAUUGGAUCCUAAACUCUCAGCAAGACCAACUAUACCUUCCCACUCCAACCCCAAAUUUGCAAGGCUUUGAUCAUGGUGAUCUUAAAUUAGAGCAAACCAAUUAUGGUGCCAAUUUGGUUCAAUUUCCACCCCCAAUGGCACCACCAUCAAAUUCUUCCUCCUAUGAUCCACUCUGGUCAUUAGGAUAUUUGCCUCAUGAAAAUUUUGAUCCUAAUCAAGAACAUCAAAAUUUCAGCAGUAGUGGAGCAACACAACAUUAUAUUGGUGAUAAGCUUAUUGGCCUAAGUAUCGCAACACCAAAUUAUGAUGAGGAUCCAUUAAUAGUGCCCAUGAUUCCAAAUCCUUGUGAGAUUUUUAAUGGUAAUUUUGAUCCUAAUCAAGAACAUCAAAAUUUCAGCAGUAGUGGAGCAACACAACGUUAUAUUAGUGAUAAGCUUAUUGGCCCAAGUAUGGCAACACCAAAUUAUGAUGAGGAUCCAUUAACAGUGCCCAUGAUUCCAAAUCCUUGUGAGAUUAUUAAUGGUAAUUUUUGUGGCAUGUCUUACUGAUCAUCUGCUUCACUAGAACUUGACCCACUUGCUAGACUCCCACAUUUUCCAGUUGGUUGUAAUUAUCCUUAUGAUCCACACGUGCCUAGCAAUCAUAUGGAGUACAUGGAUGCCAUCAUGUCAUCAUCGUUACCAUCAGCAUCAACAUUGUCAGCAUUAUCAAGCGGCGGCCAAUUUGCCAUAAACCCUAAUCUUCCUUCAAGCUGGGAGACUUAGACAGGGUACUCUUUUGGAGUUAGGUUCUAUUUAUUAAUUGACGGGCCUAUUAUUGAUACAAUGCAUUUAUUUCUUUUUAUG